AUGGGCGCGACGCACUCAUCCCACCUGACUCCGCACGUUACCCACUUGCUGGUCGGCGACCCGGACACGGAGAAGUACAAGUACGUUGCGCGCCAUAGAAACGACGUGGCCGUGGUGAAGCCGGAAUGGAUCGAGGCAGUCCGGCAGCCGUGGAUGCAGGGCGAGGACACGGACAUCCGGGCCCUACAGGAGCAAUACAAAUACCCCGUAUUUGGCGGUCUCACUAUCUGCAUAACUGGAUUUGAGGACAAGGGGUUCCGGAAAUACAUGGAGCAGACGGCCAUUGAGAAUGGCGCGGAAUUUAGGACGGAUUUAACCAAGAGCGUCACGCAUCUAGUUGCGCGCAAUGGAGAGGGCGAGAAAUAUAAGUACGCGACGCAAUGGAAUGUCACGGUAGUGACGUUGAAGUGGUUCACCGACUGUCUCGAGCGCGGCAUGAUUCUCGACGCGAAUCCCUAUCAUCCAAUGGUUCCGCUUGAGAAGCAGGGCGCCGGUGCAUGGGAACGACCCUCAGUGGCAGCCAAAGGACAAUCCGAGAGUGGGAAAACUGCUACCGUGGAACUUUCAUCCAAUCCUCGACCCCGAAAGCUACGCCGUACAGCAAGUACGAAAUUGGUCGGUCAAAAUGAAGGUAUCUGGGGUGAUAUUGUUGGCACUGGCUUUGCAACCAACCAGGUGAAAGGAGUCCAAAAUGGCCAACAACAAGAACGGGACCAAACAAGUUCUCGAUCUGUACCCGUUAUCCAAGCAGCAAAGUCAUUUGCUAGCGAGACUACAUUCUGCGGAGCUGUAGAGGCUCUUCAAGCACCGCCUGAAAUACAGACCACAGCCAGUGCCGAGGGAUUUUUACAGGGUUCAUAUUUCUUAAUCAGCGGCUUUUCUUCCAAGCAGGUUUGUGACUAG